AUGCAAGUUUUUCUUCUGUAUGUGUUGCAAACAUUUGUCCCCUUCUUUUUCACUUAUUUUUCUUUGCUAUCCAGGGACAAUCAGACUAGACAAAUACAAGAUGCUGUUUCAAAUGUGGAAAAACAUUUUGGUGAAUUGUGCCAAAUAUUUGCUGGAUAUGUACGUAAAACUGCCAGACUACGAGACAAAGCAGAUCUUCUAGUAAAUGAAAUAUAUGCAUAUGCAGCCACAGAGACACCAAACUUAAAAGUUGGACUGAAAAACUUUGCAGAUGAAUUUUCCAGACUUCAGGAUUAUCGCCAGGCAGAGGUUGACAGACUUGAAGCCAAGGUUGUUGAACCUCUGAAAAGUUAUGGGACCAUAGUGAAACUUAAAAGGGAUGAUCUUAAAGCAACUUUAACAGCAAAGAACCGAGAAGCCAAGCAAUUAUCUCAACUGGAAAAGACACGUCAGCGGAAUCCAUCAGAUCGACACAUUAUUUCCCAGGCGGAAAGUGAAUUGCAGAGAGCUUCAUUGGAUGCGACUCGAACAACUCGGCAAUUAGAGGAAACCAUUGAUAAUUUUGAGAAACAGAAGAUAAAGGACAUAAAAAAUAUAUUUUCUGAAUUUAUAACUAUUGAAAUGUUAUUCCAUGGGAAAGCUUUAGAGAUAUUUACUGCUGCCUACCAAAAUAUCCAAAAUAUUGAUGAAAACGAAGAUUUAGAGGUUUUUCGAAGCUCGCUUUAUCCUCCGGAUUAUCAAUCUCGCUUAGACAUAGUUCGUGCAAAUUCAAAGUCCCCCCUGCAAAGAACUGGCUCCUUAAAAUCUUCACUGAGGACAGUACAGCAGAUUUCCAGCAGUAUGCUAAGAAAAGAUGAAGAAGAAGAGGAGGAGGAGGAAGAUGAAGAUGAGGAAGAGGAUGAUGAUGAGGAAUUAGAUGCUACUAAAGAAGUGAGAUAACAAAACUGUUCUGUCUUUUUUGGUUUUUUUUUGAUUGGGAAGAAAAAAUAUUUCCCUUAACGUAAAGGCUUUUGUGAGGCUGUAUUUUUAAAAUUCCA